UAUUCUCACUCACUCUUUAACUUCUAGAACUUCAAAAAAAUAAAUAAAUUGGUGAGCCAAUUAAGUCAAUUUUGGAAUGGAAGAAACGACGAAGCCUGAACUUGCUGCAUUGCCCGUAGGCGGGGGUGGGGGAGAAAAAGAAGAAGAAGAGGAGGAGGAGGAGGAGGCGGAAGUGAUAGCAUUAUCUCCGGGGGCACUGACGGCGGCGAACAGAUUCUUCUGUCUCGUGUGCGGGAGAGGGUUCCAGAGAGACCAGAACUUGCAGCUGCACCGGCGGUGCCACAACCUGCCGUGGGAGCUGAAGCACCGCGGCGGGGGAGCCGGGAAGAAUAAGAAGAAGAGGAAGCGGGUGUACGUGUGCCCGGUGGCGAGCUGCGUCCACCACGAACGGGGCAAAGGGCUGGGAGAUCUGUCCGGGAUAAAGAAGCAUUUCGGGCGGAAGCACGGGGAGAAGAAGUUCAAGUGCCCCGGUUGCAUCAGGAGAUACGCCGUCCACUCUGAUCUCAAAGCCCACCUUAAGACCUGCGGCACUAAGAUCCAUAGCUGCCUUUGUGGUACCUUAUUUUCCAAGAGGGAAAGGUUUGAAAGGCACAAGGGAUACUGUGAGGUUGCAAUAAUGCGUGAUAAUCAUCAAGAGGCAAGCGCAUUGGUGUCGCCGCCACCCAAAGAGUUUUCCUCUCGGCCGCUUAACUCCGGCCGCUGGCAGUACUAUUCCGCCGCCACCGCCGCCACAACUUCCAUCAUUGGUGGGGUACAUAAACAUUCACCAUCACUGUAUUCAAGCCAACUGAAGCGUACGGCCCCGCCACCGCCGCCGCUCUCAGCCCAAGCGUACUCUAAUAACUAUCUCGCCGGCCACCCAUCGUCAUUCCCGUACCUGCCGGCGGCCACCACUGGGCCAGCACAGCCGCCUGCGUUGUCCGCGACCUCACUGCUUCAGAAGGCGGCACAGAUAGGCUCAAUUUACUCCUCCGGCGCCGGUGGCUCAUUUGUACGUGGACGACUUGGUCCGGAAAAGGCCGAGAAUAAUGAAACAAUGGUUUUUUCUCCGCCGGGCGGUUUGCCGCCGCCGGAUUACUGCAUGAUGAGGGACCCGUCCCCUCCUCAUGUAAUGAUGUUCGGCGAGAACCGCCGCCCGACCACUCUGGAUUUUCUAGGAGUUGAAAGUUGUAGCAGCUAUGGAAACGGGGGCGCGCCGUCGUCCCUGUUCUGGCUGCGGCCAGGUUAUGAUGAGUGAAAUUUAAUGUUCCUCCAAUAAUGGCUACCUUUCUUAUUAGCUUCUUCUUGUUUUAUCGUACUUUAAUUAUUUUAAGCUAAGUUUAUUUACUAGCAAGUACCAACCUUGCCCAUCUGCUAAAGCAACACCCACCCCUGCUUUGAAAAUAAGAAAAUGGCAGAAAUGAAAAGGGAACAGCCUUAGAACGUGUUGAUGAGACAAAGGGUAUUUCCUCAGCAUAUUAAAAGUCCCUAUUUGGUAGACUGAUUCUGCAUAUCAACAAGAUAAUCAAAAUUAGGACAUGUU